GGUGACGCGGCGCACGUUCGCGCUCAAAAUUCAAAUUCGAAAUUCGAACGAACACGUCUCGCGCCAGUUCACUUUUACUUUUUCAAUUCCUUGUUACGUCAAAGUCGCGACAUAGUUUCGUAACUAGUGUUUUUGUUGUUUACUUUUUGUGUUGUUUUUUUUUAAUGUGCUCUUUUAUUUUGGAUUGAUAAUGAAAUGAAGAAGUGACAGUUAUUAUAAAGUUUUCAGUGAUGGCGGAGAGUGGGGGCUGCGUCAACAAGGCAUUCGAGGCGGUCGACGAUGGCUUUCACACGAUUGACCUUCGCAGCAACCGCCGGGAUGACAGGCGACAUACGUCUGAAGGCGAGGCGGACUCCGAGAGCCGAGGGGGCGCUGGCGAGUUGAGGUGCGGCUGGGGCGCAGUGCGGCCAGCCUGGCUGCAGCGGUUUCGUACCGCUAAAUGGGCGCUCUUCUGGCUCUGCUGGGCCGGCGCUAUUCAAGGUAUGGUGGUGAACGGUUUCGUUAAUGUGGUGAUCACAACGAUAGAGAAGCGGUUCGGUCUCCGCUCCAUGCAGACCGGUGUCAUCGCUGGCGGAUACGACAUGGCGUCGUUUGCGUGCCUGGCACCGGUGACGUACCUUGGAGGGCGCGCAGGCAGCAGUAAGCCACGCUGGUUGGGCUGGGGCGUACUGCUGAUGGGCGCUGGCUCGCUGCUCUUCGCCCUUCCCCAUUUCCUCGUGCCGCCCUACAGGGUGGCGGGCGACGAGCCUGAGGACCUCUGCACACUGAAUAAGACCGUUUCAGUGAGCCGAUGCGAGACGUCGUGGGGCGGUGAGGGUGGCGCGUGGGCCGUUGCAGUGUUCGUGGCUGCGCAACUGCUGCACGGCGCCGGCGCUACGCCACUUUUCACCCUCGGCGUCACAUACAUAGAUGAGAACGUCUCCAAGAAGAUGUCCUCAGUAUACCUUGGUGUAUACUACACAAUGGCAGUAGUCGGCCCAGCGGUGGGCUACGUGCUCGGUGGGCAAAUGCUCAACAUCUACACGGACUUCCCAACAGUUGAUUCUGACACGAUCGGCAUAACGCCGCAAAGUUCUGUGUGGAUUGGCGCUUGGUGGGUGGGCUUCCUGCUGUCGGCGCUGCUUUGCCUCGCCGUCGCUCUACCGCUGCUCGCAUUCCCCCACGAGCUGCCAGGCGCGGCAGAAAUCCAGGCGUCCAAAGUGUGUGAGGCACACGAGGGCGCGGCGUCCAAAUGCGCGGCGUUUAGCAGUCUGCGCGAGCUGCCCGCGGCCGCCGGCGCCCUCAUGCGCAACCCAACCUUCGUGUUCCUCAACCUGGCAGGCGCCAGCGAAGGCAUGCUCAUCUCGGGCUUCGCCGCCUUCCUGCCCAAACUCAUCGAGAAUCAGUUCGCCGUCAGCGCCUCUCACGCCGCUUUGUUGCUAGGAGUGAUCACGGUGCCUGCUGGCGGCGGGGGCACGUUCGCGGGCGGGUGGUUGGUGAAGCGAUGGCGGCUGGCGUGCGCGGGCAUCAUCAAGCUGUGUGUGGCGGCCACGCUGCUCGCCGCACUCUUCACCUUCUCCUUCGUGCUCUCAUGCGACGACUAUCCCUUCGCCGGCGUAACCGUGCCCUACAAUAGUCCCUCUAUUUCAGGAGACAGCGUGCUAUUAGCGCAGUGUAACUCUGUGUGCGGGUGCGAGGACGCACCGUAUGCGCCGGUGUGUGGACGCGACGGUCUCGUGUACUACUCGCCGUGUCACGCCGGCUGCCGGACAGUGAGGCGCGAGGGCGCCGCACAGUUCUACACAGACUGCAGCUGUCUCAACUCCACAGAAGGUAACUCGUCAUUGCCGUACGAGGCGAUCAACAGCGCGUGCAGCUCGGCGUGCCCGUACCUGUGGGUGUUCGUGUUCCUCGCCUUCUGCGUCAUGCUGUUCACCUUCCUCGCCACCAUGCCCGCGCUCUCCGCCACGCUGCGCUGUGUACGAGAAGACCAGCGGUCCUUCGCGCUGGGCAUCCAGUGGAUCAAGGUGCGGCUGCUGGGUACGAUCCCCGCGCCGCUGCUGUUCGGCUUCCUCAUCGACCUGUCCUGCUCACUGUGGGAGCCCGCUUGUGACUCCACCGGCGCCUGUCUACUCUAUGACAACUAUAACAUGAGCAGAUACAUGUUAGCGUUGGCUCUAGUUGGCAAGCUUUGCUCUCUGGUGUUCUUUUUCUUAGCGUGGUGGUUCUACAGACCGCCGGGUGGUAAGAGUGGCAACGGCGUGGUGCCAGCUAUCGACCUGCUCGUUACUGACAAACGUAAUGGCACCAAUGGACCACACACUAUAUCGACAGACAACGGUCUCAGUCUCACACCCGGGAUUGUCAAUGGUGUAUCUCACUCUAAUGGAUAUUGUAAUGCGGCGUUAGAAUGUAGUGAUCAUUUAUAGAUGAAGGUAGAAAUUCUCGAAAACUACUGGAAUAAUACAGUGGGUUUCUGAGACUAAAAUCCACGUUUUUGAAACAUAUUCUCUCUGUUUUAUCAAAUAUAAUGAAAAGGGUUAACGAUAAGUUUUAUACAGAGAUUUCGGUCUUCGAAACGAAUGGUUAGUGGUCUUAUUUACACCGAGUCAUGUAUGUAGUAUUUGUAUCAAUUCUCAAUCUAUGUGGUUACGCUAACAUUGUAUAUAUUAUUUUACGUUUGAUUUACUAACAGAAGAUGCUAAAUUAUAAAGCGAUCAUAAUAAUUGUUCAAAAUAGACUGAGCAAGGCUGCUGAGAAAUUUUCAACGAAUUUGAGAAGACCAAAACAUAAAAAUAGGAUUACCUUUUGAAAUAAUUAAAUACUCGAAUAUUUUGAUACUACAAGUAAAGAAUAAAUUAACCAGAAACACCAAACGCCACAACUGCUUACUAAAUGAUAAUUCGAUAUGACGCUAUAUUAAUUUAAUAGUCCUUCGAGUCGGAUAUAUGCUGUUUAAUAGGUGAUUUUCACAGGGCAAGUUUGUUAAAUACAAAACAAAUUAACAGACAAGCUGUUUUUCAAUGAUUCUCUUGUACUGUGCCAGUACAAUACAAGCUCAUAUGAAUUAAGGUUGAGGUUAUGUUUGUUAAGUGACAAAGGCUAGUGCGCACGCGCAUCACUUCUAGUAAUAUAAUAUUUAAAAAAUAGAGUACAAUCGUGAAGGCACAAUUUUGAUACAUAUAUUUAAGAUUUCUCGAUUCCUCUCUUCGGUGUAGUGUACAGAGUUUUUAUAAAUUAUUUGUUGAUUUUAUUAAAAUUAAUUUUGUAAAUAUUUUCACAAUUUAUUAUAAGUGUAUUUUCGGUUAAAGACUGAUUGUUUGGUAGUAUACACAUUACACGUUGAACUACGUCUUAGUUUAAGAUAAUUUUUUGGAUUUUUUUGUAAACUGUUACUGAUAUAAGUCACCCUGAAUGAUUUCGAUGUUUUUUAAUCACUUCACAGUAAAAACUCAAUUUUCUAACAAUAUAAUAAAAUUAAUAAUAUUUGAUGUUUUUAUACAUUUUAUAAGUUUAGCAAUUUGUACAAUUAAAUAGCAUAAUAUUUGAAUGAUUUUGAUGUUGUACAAUUUUACAGUUAUUUAUAUCAAUAAAAAUUAAAUAAUUAAGAAAAGUUUUUUUUUAUUAUCCAACCCUAAUUUCUAUCUGUAUCACUAAAAUCAUGUUAGUUAACAGUUAAAUAGUUGUACCGAAAUUGCGCACUUGGUGCAUAAAUUGCGCAACAUGCGCGCAACACAGUACUGCGCAACAUGCGUGCAACACAGUACCGCGCAAAGUGCGCACAUAUUGCGCGCGGCACUGUGUACUUGUACCAUUGUUUUUAAUUGCCGUGUAAACUAGUACACUCUAAACAAAUAUGCGAAUCAACAAGAUUAAAUCUUAUCAGGUAUAUAAUAUGACCUAUUUACUUCUUGGAACUCUGUUUAAAUAUUUAUUAAAUAAAGUGGUACAU